UGGGGGCGGGGGCCGGAGAGCCGUAGACGGGCCCCCACCCCCAAGCACCCGGCCCAGCGGCCCCGACAGGCAUCGCGGGACCCGGGGGGCCUACCUGACAACAGCCCCCCUUCCGGCGGCUCUGUAGGAGACAAGAAGCAUAAAGUCUCAGGCUCAGGGCAAUCGGCCCUGUGGGGAGGAUCUCAGCUCCUCGCAGCACUCUCAGCGGGAGAUUCUGUUGUUAACCACACAGAACAGAGACCAGAGAGCACUGCUGCCAGGGCUGACUGGAGACAGCCCAGAUGUGACUGUGAAAUGCCUGUCACGGUCCCCAGCCCUGUUUGUGUAGGCUGAAGAGCCAAGACAGCAAAUGCCACACAUCCGGGAGCCGUCCCCCAGGAAGAGCCCCACUACCAGCUCCUUCCUGUCCCCAUGGUGUCCCCUCACUCCUUCCUUCUGGAUGGGGGCCCAGAGGGCACAGGAGGGUAUAAAGGCGACCUGGAGGGCGCCGGGCACAAGCAGACGCCAGCGAAGACUCUCCCCGCCAGAUCCCUGGGAUGCGCCAGCCAGAGGCCAUGCUGCUGCUGCUCACCCUCGCCCUCCUGGUGGGCCCCACCUGGGCAGGGAAGAUGUAUGGCCCUGGAGGAGGGAAAUAUUUCAGCACCACGGAAGACUAUGACCAUGAAAUCACAGGACUGCGGGUAUCUUUGGCUCUUUUGGUGAAAAGUGUCCAGGUGAGACUUGGAGACUCCUGGGAUGUUAAACAGGGCGCGUCAGGUGGGCAGACCCAGGAAGUCAUCCUGCAGCCAGGCGAAUACAUCAUAAAUGUCGUUGGCGCCUUCAAAGCUUUCCUCCAGGGUAUAGCCCUGUGCACCAACAGAGACCGCUGUUUCUAUUUUGGGAAGCUUGAUGGGAAUUACUUCUCUGCCUACCCCAGCCAAGAGGGGCAGGUGCUGGUGGGCAUCUAUGGCGAGUAUGGACUCCUUGGCAUCAAGAGCAUUGGGUUUCAAUGGAACUAUCCACUGGAGGAGCCAACCACUGAGCCACCAGUUACUCCCACCUGUGUAUGAAAGGUCACGAGGGUGGGGUACAGGGCCAUCUGGAAGGUGGUGGCUGAUGGUACUGGAGUAACUGAGUCAGGAUGCUGAAUCUGAAUCCUCCAAUAAAUAAAGCUUCUGCAGAAUCAA